CACAGAGCUCACAGGCGACAGCAGCGUUGUUUGUGUUUGUGUGUGUGUGUGUGUGAGUGCAGCAACAUCAUCAACAUGACUAUUAGAAAUGCUCUCCGGGACCAUGGACAGAGGUACCGACCGCGGAUGGCUUGUCUCAAACAGGCAGAGAAGGUGCUGCUGGAGAUGCAGGACCCCAACACGGGAGUCAAGUCACAGCCUCAGAGACUUGUUAUCACAACUAUACCACACGCUAUGACCGGUGAAGACAUAGUUGCAUGGUUGGCAGACAGAUUUCAAAUAGAUGCACAAGAAGCCAGAAACGUUGGCUCUAUGCUGGUGGCGUUAGGAUACAUCUACCCUUUACAAGACCACAAACGUUUAGUGAUCAAACCAGAUGCGUCCCUGUAUCGCUUCCAGACACCCUAUUUCUGGCCCACACAGCAGUGGCCUGUUGAAGACACAGAUUAUGCAAUCUAUCUUGCGAAAAGAAACAUACGUAAGAAAGGAAUCUUAGAGCUCCACGAGCAGGAGCAGUACAACCAUCUUCACAAGUGGAUGAAUCAUAAAUGGGACUUCAUCGUGAUGCAAGCUAAAGAACAGUACAGAGCUGCGAAAGAGAGGAAGAAACCAGACCGUGUGGUGUUUGAGUGUCAGGAGAGAGCCUACUGGGUGGUUCACAGGCCUCCGCCAGGGACAGUGAGUGCCAUGGACUACGGACUGGAUCGAAGAACAGAUCCUAAUGCAGACGAGGCUCAAACUCCUGAUUACUACGAGAGAAUUAUGAUCUUCACGCAGCAGGCCAUCAUGAGGCCCAGAGUGAAGUCGUCUGUGUCCAUUGGCGCAUUGGUGAAGUACUGCGCUACCUAUUGUGGCCAUGACCCUUUUCUGUCCAAGUGUCUUCCCAGUAACCCCUGGCUCACUGACGAUACGACGUAUUGGACCCUGAACAUGCCAAACGUGGAAACGCCAUCAAAGAUGCGCGUGGAGAGGUGGACGUUCAGCUUUAAAGAGCUGCUCUCAGACCCUCGAGGACGAGAUGAUUUUAGGCUCUUCUUGAAGAAAGAAUUCAGCGGUGAGAACUUGGCAUUCUGGGAAGGUUGUGAGGAUUUGAAGUGGGGCACUGCUGCGACAAUGAAGGAGAAAGCAGAGCAGAUCUACAAGGCAUUCUUGGCUCGUGGCGCACCGCGAUGGAUCAAUAUUGAUGGAAAGACGAUGGAAAUCACUGUGAAGGGCCUGAAACACCCACACAGAUAUGUUCUGGAUGCAGCACAAACUCACAUCUACAUGCUAAUGAAGAAGGACUCUUAUGGUCGGUACCUGAAAUCUCCAGUUUUUAAGGAUACGAUCAAGAAGGCCAUCAAUCCUGAGGAGCACAAAUUCAAUGAUUCACAGCUGGAGCAGAACGCCAGGAACAGACGGCCCAGUCUCAGCCCCAUCAUCAUCCGACAACAAGAGCAGGAGCAAAGGGCCAAGAUGGCCGCCAAUGCCCCCGUUGACAUCACGCAGGUCAUGAGCAAACUCAGCAAGCAGGGCAAGGAGGUUCCCCCUCGUCCUCCUAACAAAUAAAUGCAAACGCAAA